AUGAACAAUUCGCCAUCUUCGUCGAGUAAUAAUAAUAAUAAUGAAAACGAUAAUGCCAAAGGAAAUCUUGAUAAGAUUCUUGAUGUAAUUUUUGAUUAUAAUGGCAAUGGGGAUGAUGAACUCACAUUAAGACGUGGUAAUAAGCUGGAAGUUUUAUCAACAGAUGAAUCGAUAUCGGGUUCACGCGGAUGGUGGACAGGACGAUUGAUUGAUACGAAUUCCGUCGGUAUUUUUCCGGCUAAUUUUGUCGCUAAUUCUCAGACAAAUCUCCGCAUAAUCAACUUCAACGAUUUGCAAAUCGGAGAAACAAUUGGUGUUGGCGGUUUUGGUCAUGUCUUCCAUGGUAAAUUUGGUGAUGUUGACGUUGCAAUCAAAACAGCUAAGUCACUUGCUUCAUUCUGUUCAAUUUCACCCACAACAACACCCGAUGGUGCAUCUGAUGCAGUACAAAACACUCUCAUCGACAGUCUCCUACGUGAAGCUCGUCUUUUUUCCAAUCUAAAACAUCGAAAUAUAAUUCAACUGUUCGGUGUAAGUCCAUCUUCAAUCACAAAAAAUCUUUAUCUUGUUAUGGAAUACGCGCACGGAGGUGCGCUGAGUUAUCUAUUGCAAAAGCGUCAAUGUGGUCUGUAUCCAAAUGUGUUUAUACAAUAUGCAAAACAAAUUGCGGAUGGAAUGCAAUAUCUACACGAAGAAGCAUGUGAACAUAUCAUUCAUCGAGAUCUCAAAUGUUCGAAUAUUUUGAUUCUGGAAGAAAUCCAUGAUAGUCAUGAUGAUAAUGAACUUCUAUAUAAAACAUUGAAAAUAACUGAUUUUGGUUUGGCAAGAAUUCAAUUACAAUCAUCCAAUAUGUCCGCUGCUGGGACAUUCGCCUGGAUGAGUCCAGAAUGUAUUCGUAACAGUGAAUUUUCAACUAAAUCCGAUGUUUGGAGUUUUGGUGUUUUACUCUGGGAAUGUUUAACAGGCGAAUUACCGUACAAAGGUUUCGAUCAAAUGCAAGUAGCCUUUGGUAUUGCCACCAGUAAAUAUUCUCUUCCAAUUCCAAGCACAUGUCCUGAUGAAUUCGCACAACUGAUGACAAAUUGUUGGAAAGCACUUCCAGACGAGCGACCAACAUUUAGCGAUCUUCUCGAACAAAUCAAUCAGAUAAUCGAAAGAAGUUAUAUGCAAUCAAACGAAGAUUCCUAUCAGUCAUUGCAGAAAGAUUGGCGUUUAGAAAUUCAAGAUAUGUUCAAUGAAUUAAAAGAAAAAGAACAAGAAAUUCGCGAUCGCGAACAAGCGAUGUAUGAACGCUCAUUGGAACAGAAUCAUCAGCGAUUGCAAUUAGAAAAAUGGGAACAACAAUUACACGAGCGUGAAAUGCAUAUUGUAGAAUUAGAAUUGAAGUUAUUGAUGGCUGCUAAUAAUCAAGAACGGCUCAAUCAUCAAACACCUAAAAUACAAGAACGUUCAGGAAGAUUCAUGCGCUCACUUCUCAAGGGACAUUCAACUACAUCUGCUAAUGCUCAAACAGUUAUCAGUAGCCCAACAAAUUUUCGUCAUCUGAUAUCUGUGUGCCAUAAUCCGCCAGGUCUAGAUCACAACUCUUCGCCAACUAUUCCUCCAUCAUCAACAUCUUCUUCGUCGCCUAUUUCAUGUCCAAUGCCAUCUAAUUCAUCCAUAACUGUCCUUUCGAACAAGUCAUUCAACUCACCGUAUGAUCGUUCAUUCUCAAGUAGUAGUACACCAUCGACGCCAAAUAUGAGUCGACUUCGAACGCUAACCUUUCAUUUUCCAGUCGAUGGAUACAAUUCAUCGACAACUCCAGAUAAACCGCCACGUUCAAUGAGUCAAACGAAAUCAUCUAGUCGGAAGUCGAAAUUAUCCUUAUCAUCCAGUAUUAAGCAAAAACAUGGGAAAUCAAGUAGUCGACACAAAGAAUCAAAAUGGUAUUUGGAUACACGAUCGUCAGCAUCGUGUAAUACAAAUAAUAAUAAUAAUAACAACAACAAUAGCAAUGAGAAUAAUUUUACAAUAUUAAGUACAUUUUCCACACCCAAUAUCGAUCAACCCGGUCGAAAACUAGUUUCAGAAAUCUUUGAUGAUUUAACAACCGUCAGUUCUUAUUCAACAACAUCGUCGCAGUGUUCCACACCAAAUGAACAUUCAAUAGCGCGUGCUAUAUUUGACAUUAAUUCCAUGUUGAUCAGUAUCGGUCUUGGUCGUCCUACUCCAGCUCCAUCCAUUUCGACGCCUCAACAUCAACCCGUUCUUCUUCGUCCACGAAAGAAAAGUUCCUGCACACUUAGUCAUCAAACUAGUUCAUCCUCCGUAACAGACGAGUCGGAUUAUGUAAAUAUAAGUUAUAGGACUCGCUCUGCAUAUUCACCUGCUCGUCCGAAUUCUCUUACUCUUUCUUCCCAACGCUCUAGUCAAAAGAAAACAAACGACAUUGAUGAUGACAAUGAACACUAUUAUUCUGCUCAGUCGUCAAAGCUAUCCACGCCAAUGAUACAUGCAGUCAAAGAUGUUGAUGACGAAGACAACCUAACUUCCGUAGUCACUAUCGAUCAUGACGAACAAAAAAUACCUCAAAUAAAAUUAUUUCAACCACAAAAUGAAGAGAAUUCUCAUCUAUUUUAG